UUUCCCAACCACACGUUAAAUUAAGGCUCUCCUUGUUCAGUCACGCCAAACCGCCUUUGUUUCAGUCACAUGCUACACUAACUCUUUUCUUUCUUUGCUUCUUCAUUUUUCUCCACUUUCUUUCCAUCUUACCCACCAUUCUUCAGAUAUGGGAGACAGAUUUCGGUUAGACGAAGACGAUAAGGUUAUGUUCGAGAGUGUAUUGGGUCAUGAAGCUGCCAGUUUCUUGAUUUGGUCAGCAACAAACAAGGUUCCAGACGAAUUCCAACCGAAAACCAGCAAUUUAGGGGUUCAAGACGGUCUUCGCAAGAUUCUCAACGGGUCAGACUGGAGUUACGCCGUUUUCUGGCAAGUUUCCAAUUCGAAAUCCGGGAAAUCGGCUUUGAUUUGGGGCGACGGGCAUUGCAAAGAAUCAAAGCAAAGUGAAGCCCGUAAAGAAAGCGACGAAGACGUUAGAAAAAAAAUCGUUCUUCAGAAGCUUCACUCAUGUUUUAAGGGAUCAGAGGAACAAAAUCUGCAGUUAAAGAUGGAUUUCGUAUCCGAUUUAGAUAUGUUUUAUCGAACCACGAUGUAUUAUCUAUUCCCGUUCGAUAAAUCUUCUAGCCCGUCUCAGGCGUUUAACACGAGUCGAUCGGUUUGGGUUUCCGAUGCCAAAAGUUGCGAAGAAGAGUACCAAUCAAGAUCAGUUUUAGCAAAACUGGCCCGGUUACAAACCCUAGUUCUUGUUCCGGUUAAGAAAGGAGUAUUGGAAAUCGGUUCGUUUAAGUCGAUCCCAGAAGACCCCAGUUUCGUUACGAUGGUUAAAUCUUUACUUAACGGAUGCCACCCGAAAGUACUGCCGAAAAUCUUCGGUCAAGAUUUAAGUCUCGGUGGUGCGAAAUCCGGUGCGUUCAGCAUCAACUUUUCACCAAAAGAUGCAGAUGCUUUGGAUUUCGGAGGUCAAACGUAUAAAAUACGGUCGGAUCAAGCGUUUGGCGGGAAUUCAUCGAACGGGCAUAGAACCGAUUCGCAAACGAACCACGUGAUUGGUGGGAUAUUGAAUUCGCAGGCGAUGAUGUCGGAUUUUGAUCAGUGUAAUCAAGAUUCAUCUUUAACGGAUAGAAAACCGAGAAAACGGGGUAGAAAGCCUGCGGAUGGGAGAGAAGAACCGUUGAACCACGUGGAAGCGGAACGACAACGGCGCGAGAAACUGAACCAACGGUUCUACGCGUUACGGGCCGUGGUCCCGAACAUUUCGAAAAUGGAUAAAGCUUCUCUUCUCGGUGAUGCCAUUUCGUACAUAACCGAUCUUCAAUCGAAGAUACGAAUCUUGGAAGCUGAAAAGGAGGGCCCGGGUCAACCCGAGGUUGAGUUCAUGGCCCGGAAAGAUGACGCGGUUAUACAAGUUAGUUGGCCGUUAGAUGUCCAUCCGGUUGCGCAGGUCAUAAAGACGUUUAGCGAACAUGAAAUGGUAGUUCAUGACACCGAUGUUUCGACUACGGAAAACGGGAAAGUCGUACAUACGUUUUCGUUUCAAGCACUCGGUGGUGGCGAGGCGGCAGAACGGUUGAAGGAGAAGCUGGAUUCGGCUUUUUCGGACUGAUUCGGGUGUUCUAACAUGUUUGUAAGAUAAAAUGUUGGGUGUUUAGAUCAUUGUGUUUUGUUUGAUAUAGAAAUUGUUUGAUUCAUGUUUUUUGGUAGAUUUGAAUACAUGGAAGAUUAAAGUCAUGGCACCAACAUGUAAAUUCUUUAUGACUUAAGUUGUUACUUAAAUUUUGUAAUUUAAUUAAAUAAUAUAUGUGUUAGGAGUUA